GCUUUGCCAAUGGUCAAAGGAGAGGGCGGGCCCGGCGAGGUAAACGGGCCAAGCAUAGGGAGGAGCUGAGCUCUCGGCGGCUGCUGUCGGGUGCGACAUUCUUCCUGUGUGGAGCUUAGUGUGCAGUGCACAGACCAUGUUGGGCCCUCGAGUUCUCCGCAGAGGCGUCGCAGCAGCAGUAGCUGCCCGUCUCCAGGUUUCAUCAUCUUUUGCCACAGGGCCUAGACAGCAUGAUGGCACAUUCUAUGAGUUUCGUACCUAUACUAUUAAGCCAGACAAGAUGAAAGAGUUUGUGGAACUGGCCAAUAAAAAUAUGCACCUGCGUACAGCUCACUCUCCGAUGGUUGGAUAUUGGACCUUGGAGUUUGGGGGACUGAAUAAAGUGUUCCAUAUAUGGAAGUACGAUAGCUUUGCAGAAAGAACUGCUGUCCGGAAAGCAUUAGGCAAGGACCAAGAAUGGCAGGAAAAAUACAUGUCUCGAAUACUGCCCAUGUUGGAAAAACAAGAGAAUGAAAUUACUUAUCUGGUGCCAUGGUGUGAACUUGGCAGCCCUCCAAAAGACGGGGUCUACGAGUUGGUUACAUUUCAGAUGAAACCUGGUGGGCCAGCAGUGUGGGGACAGACCUUUAAAGCAGCAGUUAAUGCUCAUAUAAAGACAGGAUACACUAAACUAAUUGGUGUCUUCCAUACAGAAUAUGGACUACUUAACAGAGUUCAUGUGCUUUGGUGGAAUGAGAACCCAGAUAGCCGUGCAGCUGGAAGGCACUAUGCUCAUGAGGACCCCAGGGUGGUCGCAGCUGUGCGGGAAAGUGUUCAGUUCCUGGAAUCUCAGAAGAACUGUCUCCUGCUACCUACAGCCUUUUCACCAUUGAAAUAGUUUAUUUUAUGCUAUAUAGCUGGAAUUAAAAAAACAACAACCCUUUUCUGUUAAAUGAGCCCAAGUGCUGCCACAAUCCAGUCAUCUUGCUUUCUAUUGACAUAAUUUUGGUAUAUACUCAGUCUACAUACUCUGUUUCUGCUCUACUUUGUUAGAAGUUGAGGAGGUGGUGGUGGUGGUGAGCUGACCCACCCACUAGUGAGAAUUAAAACCUUACGAUAUGAAGUGUAAACACUUAUUUCUAGACAUCACUUACAAUGUACUGUCCUUGAAUUUAAGUCUGUGAAAACAUGAUCAUGGUGCACAGAACUCUAAGGCUAAAGACAAGCAGUAGUUUUAGAGAGAACCAAAAGUAGUUUGCAAGAGCUGUGUCAUGUUGUACGUGCCUUUCUUUUGUCUCACUGUCAGGUCAGUCAGAUGAGUGUGUGGGCUUUUUUCAACAAGGCAGAAAAGCUGAAAGUAGAAGGAGUGUUGAAUACCACAAAUAGUGAUUGCUUCUUCAAACUGCCUUCAACUCUCAAAUGGGGGAGUUGACCCAAAAGGCAUCUGUCUCCAGACUCAGUUUUUUGUUUUUAAAAAAACCCUCCAGCAGCCUAAGGGUGACAUGUCUUUGCCUCCAGUGAAGAUGCUUAUUUCCAUAAUUGGCCGAAGCAUGAGAAAUGCUCAAAUACAUGGAACUUCCUUGUUACGGUCCGUGUUUUAAACUGGGUCAAACAAAAGCUUGAAGUAUAAUUUAUGUGGUUGAUUGCACAGUGUUGCAGAAGUCAUGCAAAUGCCCUUUCCAAGCAUGGUUUUGCAUUAUAUGGAAGCUUACUUGUCAGUUUCUGUUUAGAGUGCAGGGUGGCCUUUAUUUCCUUUCCAAUACAUGGAAGAUUUCAGGGUAGACUCUCAGGCAUGUAGGGUUUGCAUUGGCUUCCUGAAAUUGUAGAUCAAAUGGUUGUUUCUGAAAGCCUCACUGCUAUUUGUGCAUAUUAUCUGGCAUGCAGAUGCUUGCACUUUGGGAAUGACAACGAAGAAGACAUUUGCUAGAAUGUAAAUGUUGAAGUGUAAACAUUAAACAAUGACUUUAUAUAUUUUGUGUGCCCAUGCUUCUCUUUUAAUUGGAACUGCCACUUCAAGUUCUAGCCGUAGCAUCCUUAUUGUGACAGUUACCAUCACUUAGCUCAAGGUGGACAACUUGCAAUUGAAGAGAUCAUUAAUGCAUUCCAGAGGAAAGACUGCAAUAGCAUCCAAGACAGCUGAGAUCUGCCACUUAUUUUCUGCACCUUAGUGAUAGCAGGGAUGAUGCAUCACCUAUGUGUUGGGAAUCCAACUGGAUCUUUGGUUCCUCCCUAACCAUGACAUUAUGUCCUUGGAUGAAGAGGGGCACUCUCAAUGUGAAAGUAUUCUCGGGUGCCAAAGAAAAUAACUCCAUAGCUGGACAAAUGUGAUUGAGGAUGGUAAUACUUCUAUACUAAUGCUGGCUAACUGAGAUAUGGAGAACAAAACUAUCCAGUGGCAUGAGGAUCAUCAACUUGAAAAACAACACUAAAAGCUGGCAGAGUCGUUUUGUUUAGAAUCCCUGUAUACCCUAUCAGGUGUCAUAAGUGCAUUAAAGGUACAGUGUGCUGUC